CAACCAUUACUGAUGUACAAAGCUCUACAUCUCUUGUGACACCUUCAGAAACUACAACACAACCAGAAACAACCAGUUCUGAUGUACCAAACCCCACAACGCCAAUUGUGACAACCACUUCUCAACCAACUAAUACGAUGCCAGUAAUAACCAGUCGUGAGUUACGAAGCUCAACAACUCCUUUGGCACCUUCAGAAACUACAACACCAGAAAGGAUCAUUCCUGAUGCACCAAGCACCAAAUUUUCUCAUUGGUCAACACCUCCUGAAUUAACAACUACAAUACAAGAAACAACCAGUCCUGAUGUACUAACCCCUACAACUCCACUUGUAACAACCACUUCUGAACCAACUAAUAUGAUGGUCUUAACAACCAGUCAUGUACAAAGUCCUACAAUUCUUGUGACACCUUCAAAAACUUCAACACAACCAGUAACAACCAAUCCUGAUGGGCCAAGCACCAAUUAUUCUCAAAGGCCAACGUCCCCUGAAUUAACUACAUCAAAAAUAACCAUUCCUUAUGUACCAAGCCUCACAACACCACUUGUGACAACCACUUCUGCACAAACUAAUGUGAUGGCAGUAAUAACCAGUCUUGAUGUACGAAGCUCUGCAACUCUUGUGCCACCUUCAGAAACUACAACACCAGAAAACACCAGUCCUGAUGUACCAAGCACCAAAUCUUCACAAUGGUCAACACCUCCUGAUUUAACAACUAAAAUACCAGAAACAACCAGUCCUGAUAUACCAAGCACCAAAUCUUCUCAAUGGACAACACCUCAAUUAACUUCAAUUUCACAAACAACCUUUACUGAUGUACAAAGUACUACAACUCUGACACCUUCAGAAACUACAACACAACCAGAAACAACCAGUUCUGAUGUACCAAACCCCACAACGCCAAUUGUGACAACCACUUCUCAACCAACUAAUACGAUGCCAGUAAUAACCAGUCGUGAGGUACGAAGCUCAACAACUCCUUUGGCACCUUCAGAAACUACAACACCAGAAAGGAUCAUUCCUGAUGCACCAAGCACCAAAUCUUCUCAUUGGUCAACACCUCCUGAAUUAACAACUACAAUACAAGAAACAACCAGUCCUGAUGUACUAACCCCUACAACUCCACUUGUAACAACCACUUCUGAACCAACUAAUAUGAUGGUCUUAACAACCAGUCAUGUACAAAGUCCUACAAUUCUUGUGACACCUUCAAAAACUUCAACACAACCAGAAACAACCAAUCCUGAUGGGCCAAGCACCAAUUAUUCUCAAAGGCCAACGUCCCCUGAAUUAACUACAACAUCAAAAAUAACCAUUCCUUAUGUACCAAGCCUCACAACACCACUUGUGACAACCACUUCUGCACAAACUAAUGCGAUGGCAGUAAUAACCAGUCUUGAUGUACGAAGCUCUGCAACUCUUGUGCCACCUUCAGAAACUACAACACCAGAAAACACCAGUCCUGAUGUACCAAGCACCAAAUCUUCACAAUGGUCAACACCUCCUGAUUUAACAACUAAAAUACCAGAAACAACCAGUCCUGAUAUACCAAGCACCAAAUCUUCUCAAUGGACAACACCUCAAUUAACUUCAACUUUAGAAACAACCAUUACUGAUGUACGAAGCUCUACGUUUCUUGUGACACCUUCAGAAACUACAACACAGCCAGAAACAACCAGGAUUGAUUUACCAAGCACCAAAGAUUCUCAAUGGACAACACCUGAAUUAACUUCAACUUCAGAAACAACCAUUACUGAUGUACAAAGCUCUACAUCUCUUGUGACAACUUCAGAAACUACAACACAACCAGAAACAACCCGUCCUGAUGUACCAAGCACCAAAUCUUCUCAAUGGCCAACACCUCAAUUAACUUCAACUUCAGAAACAACCAUUACUGAUGUACAAAGCUCUACAUCUCUUGUGACACCUUCAGAAACUACAACACAACCAGAAACAACCAGGCUUGAUUUACAAAGCACCAAAUCUUCUAAAAGGCAAACACCUCAAUUAACUUCAACUUCACAAACAACCUUUACUGAUGUACAAAGUACUACAACUCUGACACCUUUAGAAACUACAACACAACCAGAAACAACCAGUUCUGAUAUACCAAACCCCACUACGCCAAUUGUGACAACCACUUCUGAACCAACUAAUAUGAUGGUCUUAACAACCAGUCAUGUACAAAGUCCUACAACUGUUGUGACACCUCCAAAAACUACAACACAACCAGAAACCACCAGUCCUGAUGGGCCAAGCACCAAAUCGUUUCAAUGGCCAACACCUCAAUUAACUCUAACUCCAGAAACAACCGUUACUGAUGUACAAAGCCAUACAACUCCUGUGACACCUUCAGAAACUACAAAACCAGAAACAACCAGUCCUGGUUGGCCAAGCACCAAAUCUUCUCAAUGGCCAACAUCCCCUGAAUUAACUACAUCAAAAACAACCAGACCUGAUGUACCAAGCUUCACAACACCACUUGUGACAACCACUUCUGAACCAACUAAUGUGAUGGCAGUAAUAACCAGUCCUGAUGUACGAAGCUCUACAACUCUUGUGCCACCUUCAGAAACUACACCACUAGAAAACACCAGUCCUGAUGUACCAAGCCCCACAAUUCCAGUUUUGACAGCCACUUCUGAACCAACUAUCACCUUGCGAUUAAUAACCAGUUUUAAUGUACCUAGCCUUACAACUCUUGUGACACCCUCAAAAAAAACUACCUUGCUAGAAACAACUAGUUCUGUUGUACCAAGCACAAAAUUUUCCAAUUGGCCAACGCCUCCUGAAUCAACAACUACAACCAGUUCUGAUAUACCAGGCACCAAAUCUUCUCAAUGGACAACACUUCAAUUAACUUCAACUUCAAAAAAAACCCUGACUGACGUGCGUAUCUCUACAACUCUUGUGACACCUUCAGAAACUACAACACAACUAGAAACAACCAGUCCUGAUGUACCAAGCACCAAAUCUUCUCAACGGCCAACAUCCCCUGAAUUAACUACAACAUCAAAAACAACCAGUCCUGAUGUACCAAGCCCUACAACGCCACUUCUGACAACCACUUCUCAACCAACUAAUAUGAUGGCAGUAAUAACGAGUCAUGGUGUACGAAGCUCAACAACUCCUCUAGGACCUUCAAAAACUACAACACCAGAAAGGACCAGUCCUGAUGCACCAAGGACCAAAUCUUCUCAUUGGUCAACAUCUCUUGAAUUAACAACUACAAUACCAGAAACAACCAGUCCUUAUGUACCAAGCCCUACAACUCCACUUGUAACAACCACUUCUGAACCAACUGAUACGGUGGCCUUAACCAGUCCUGAUGUACAAAACCCUAGAACUCUUGUGACACAUUCAGAAACUACAACACAACCAGAAACCAAAAAUGUUGAUGUUGCAAGCACCAAAUCUUCUCAUUGGUCAACACCUCCUGAAAUAACAACGACCGAAACGACCAGUACUGAUGAGGGAAGCCCUACAACGCUUGUGACACCUUCAGAAACAACCGAAACAACCAGUUCGGACAUACCAACUACCAAAUUUUCUGAGGGGCUGGCGCCUCUUGAAUCAACAGCUGCAACACUAAGAAAAACCAAUCCUGAUGUACCAAGCACCAAAUCUUCUCAAUGGACAAAACCUCCUGAUUUAACAACUAAAAUACCAGAAACAACCAGUCCUGAUAUACCAAGCACCAAAUAUUCUCAAUGGACAACACCUCAAUUAACUUCAACUUUAGAAACAACCAUUUCUGAUGUACGAAGCUCUACACCUCUUGUGACACCUUCAAAAACUACAACACAACCAGAAACAACCAGGCUUGAUGUACCAAGCACCAAAUCUUCUCAAUGGACAAAACCUCCUGAAUUAACUACAACUCUAGAAAACCACAGUUCUGAUGUACCAAGCCCCACAACGCCAAUUGUGACAACCACUUCUCAACCAACUAAAACGAUGCCAGUAAUAACCAGUCGUGAGGUACGAAGCUCAACAACUCCUUUGGCACCUUCAGAAACCACAAUACCAGAAAGGACCAUUCCUGACGCACCAAGCACCAAAUCUUCUAAUUGGUCAACACCUCUUGAAUUAACUACAAUACAAGAAACAACCAGUCUUGAUGUACGAAGCUCUGCAACUCUUGUGCCACCUUCAGAAACUACAACACCAGAAAACACCAGUCCUGGUGUACCAAGCACCACAUCUUCACGAUGGUCAACACCUCCCGAUUUAACAACUAAAAUACCAAAAACAACCAGUCCUGAUAUACCAAGCACCAAAUCUUCUCAAUGGACAACACCUCAAUUAACUUCAACUUUAGAAACAACCAUUUCUGAUGUACGAAGCUCUACACCUCUUGUGACACCUUCAAAAACUACAACACAACCAGAAACAACCAGGCUUGAUGUACCAAGCACCAAAUCUUCUCAAUGGACAAAACCUCCUGAAUUAACUACAACUCUAGAAAACCACAGUUCUGAUGUACCAAGCCCCACAACGCCAAUUGUGACAACCACUUCUCAACCAACUAAAACGAUGCCAGUAAUAACCAGUCGUGAGGUACGAAGCUCAACAACUCCUUUGGCACCUUCAGAAACCACAACACCAGAAAGGACCAUUCCUGACGCACCAAGCACCAAAUCUUCUCAUUGGUCCACACCUUUUGAAUUAACUACAAUACAAGAAACAACCAGUCUUGAUGUACGAAGCUCUGCAACUCUUGUGCCACCUUCAGAAACUACAACACCAGAAAACACCAGUCCUGGUGUACCAAGCACUACAUCUUCACGAUGGUCAACACCUCCCGAUUUAACAACUAAAAUACCAAAAACAACCAGUCCUGAUAUACCAAGCACCAAAUAUUCUCAAUGGACAACACCUCAAUUAACUUCAACUUUAGAAACAACCAUUUCUGAUGUACGAAGCUCUACACCUUUUGUGACACCUUCAAAAACUACAACACAACCAGAAACAACCAGGCUUGAUGUACCAAGCACCAAAUCUUCUCAUUGGACAAAACCUCCUGAAUUAACUACAACUCUAGAAAACCACAGUUCUGAUGUACCAAGCCCCACAACGCCAAUUGUGACAACCACUUCUCAACCAACUAAAACGAUGCCAGUAAUAACCAGUCGUGAGGUACGAAGCUCAACAACUCCUUUGGCACCUUCAGAAACCACAACACCAGAAAGGACCAUUCCUGACGCACCAAGCACCAAAUCUUCUAAUUGGUCAACACCUCUUGAAUUAACUACAAUACAAGAAACAACCAGUCCUGAUGUACCAAGCCCUACAACUCCACUUGUAACAACCACUUCUGCACCAACUGAUAUGAUGGUCUUAACAACCAGUCAUGUACAAAGCUCUACAACUCUUGUGACACCUUCUAAAACUACAACACAACCAGAAACAACCAGUCCUGAUGGGCCAAGCACCAAUUCUUCUCAAUGGCCAACAUCCCCUGAAUUAACUACAACAUCAAAAACAACCAUUCCUUAUGUACCAAGCCUCACAACACCACUUGUGACAACCACUUCUGAACAAACUAAUGCGAUGGCAGCAACAACCAGUCUUGAUGUACGAAGCUCUGCAACUCUUGUGCCACCUUCAGAAACUACAACACCAGAAAACACCAGUUCUGGUGUACCAAGCACCACAUCUUCACGAUGGUCUACACCUCCCGAUUUAACAACUAAAAUACCAGAAACAACCAGUCCUGAUAUACCAAGCACCAAAUAUUCUCAAUGGACAACACCUCAAUUAACUUCAACUUUAGAAAAAACCAUUUCUGAUGUACGAAGCUCUACACCUCUUGUGACACCUUCAAAAACUACAACACAACCAGAAACAACCAGGCUUGAUGUACCAAGCACCAAAUCUUCUCAAUGGACAAAACCUCCUGAAUUAACUACAACUCUAGAAAACCACAGUUCUGAUGUACCAAGCCCCACAACGCCAAUUGUGACAACCACUUCUCAACCAACUAAAACGAUGCCAGUAAUAACCAGUCGUGAGGUACGAAGCUCAACAACUCCUUUGGCACCUUCAGAAACCACAACACCAGAAAGGACCAUUCCUGACGCACCAAGCACCAAAUCUUCUCAUUGGUCAACACCUCUUGAAUUAACUACAAUACAAGAAACAACCAGUCCUGAUGUACCAAGCCCUACAACUCCACUUGUAACAACCACUUCUGCACCAACUGAUAUGAUGGUCUUAACAACCAGUCAUGUACAAAGCUCUACAACUCUUGUGACACCUUCUAAAACUACAACACAACCAGAAACAACCAGUCCUGAUGGGCCAAGCACCAAAUCUUCUCAAUGGCCAACAUCCCCUGAAUUAAUUACAUCAAAAACAACCAGUACUGAUGUAAGUAUCCCUACAUUUCGUGUGACACCUUCAGAAAGUACAACACCAGAAACCACCAGUACUGAUGUACUUCGCACCAAAUCGUUUCACUGGCCAACACCCCCUCAAUUAACUCUAACUCCAGAAACAACCAUUACGACUCUUGUGACACCUUCAGAAACUACAAAACCAGAAACAACCAGUCCUGAUUGGCCAAGCACCAAAUCUUCUCAAUGGCCAACAUCCCCUGAAUUAACUAAAUCAAAAACAGCCAGUCCUGAUGUACCAAGCCCCACAAUUCCAGUUUUGACAGCCACUUUUAAACCAACUAUCACCUUGCGAUUAAUAACCAGUCUUAAUGUACCAAGCCCUACAACUCUUGUGACACCCUCAAAAAAAAAAACCUUGCCAGAAACAACCAGUUCUGUUGUACCAAGCACGAAAUCUUCUAAUUGGCCAACGCCUCCUGAAUCAACAACCACAACCAGUUCUGAUUUACCAAGCACCAAAUCUUCUCAACGGCCAACAUCCCCUGAAUUAACUACAUCAAAAACAACCAGUCCUGCUGUACCAAACCCCACAACGCCACUUGUGACAACCACUUCUCAACCAACUAAUAUGAUGGCAGUAAUAACCAGUCCUGGUGUACGAAGCUCAACAACUCCUCUGGCACCUUCAGAAACUGCAACACCAGAAAACACCAGUUCUGAUGUACCAAUCACUAAAUCAUCUGAAUGGUCAAUACCUCCUGUAAUAACUACAACACCAGAAAGGACCAGUCCUGAUGCACCAAGGACCAAAUCUUCUCAUUGGUCAACAUCUCCUGAAUUAACAACUACAGUACCAGAAACAACCAGUGCUUAUGUACCAAGCCCUACAACUCCACUUGUAACAACCACUUCUGAACCAACUGAUAUGGUGGCCUUAACCAGUCUUGAUGUACAAAACCCUAGUACUGUUGUGACACCUUCAGAAACUACAACACAACCAGAAACAACCAAUGUUGAUGUUGCAAGCACCAAAUCUUCUCAUUGGUCAACACUUCCUGAAAUAACUACGACCGAAACGACAAGUACUGAUGAGGCAAGCCCUACACCGCUUGUGACACUUUCAGAAACGACCGAAACCACCAGUUCUGACAUGCCAACUACCAAAUCUUCUGAGGGGACGGCGCCUCUUGAAUCAACAGCUGCAACACUAAAAACAACCACUAAUGAUGUACCAAGCACCAAAUCUUCAAUUUGGCCAACACCUACUGAAUCAACAACUAUAACACAAGAAACAACUAGUCCUGAUGUACCAAGCACCAAAUUUUUUCAAUGGACAAAACAUCCUAAAUUAACUACAACCCUAGAAACAACCAGUACUGAUGUACGAAGCCCUACAAAUCGUGUGACACUCUCAGAGACUACUACCUUACCAGCAAUAGUCAGUCCUGAUGUUCCAAUCACCAUAUCUUAUCAAUGGCCAACAUCCCCUGAAUUAAUAAAAACAUCAGAAACAACCAGUACUGAUGUACCAAGCCUCACAACACCACUUGUGACAACCACUUCUGAACAAACUAAUGCGAUGGCAGUAAUAACCAGUCUUGAUGUACGAAGCUCUGCGACUCUUGUGCCACCUUCAGAAACUACAACACAACCAGAAUCAACCAGUCCUGAUGGACCAAGCGCCAAAUCUUCCAAAUGGCAAACACAUCAAUUAACUUCAACUUCAGAAACAACCAUUGCUGAUGUACGAAGCUCUACAAAUCUUCUGACACCUUCAGAAACUACAACACAAACAGAAACAACCAGUUCUGAUGUACCAAGCCCCACACCGCCAAUUGUGACAACCACUUUUCAACCAACUAAUACGAUGCCAGUAAUAACCAGUCGUGAGGUACGAAGCUCAACAACUCCUUUGGCACCUUCAAAAACCACAACACCAGAAAGGACCAUUCCUGAUGCACCAAGCACCAAAUCUUCUCAUUGGUCAACACCUCUUGAAUUAACAACUACAAUACAAGAAACAACCAGUCCUGAUGUACCAAGCCCUACAACUCCACUUGUAACAACCACUUUUGAACCAACUGAUAUGAUGGUCUUAACAACCAGUCAUGUACAAAGCCCUACAACGCUUGUGACACCUUCUAAAACUACAACACAACCAGAAACAACCAGUCCUGAUGGGCCAAGCACCAAUUCUUCUCAAUGGCCAACAUCCCCUGAAUUAACUACAACAUCAAAAACAACCAUUCCUUAUGUACCGAGCCUCACAGCACCACUUGUGACAACUACUUCUGAACCAACUAAUGUGAUGGCAGUAAUAACCAGUCCUGAUGUACGAAACUCUACAACUCUUGUGCCACCUUCAGAAACUACAACACCAGAAAACACCAGUCCUGAUGUACCAAGCCCUACAAUUCCAGUUUUGACAGCCACUUCUGAACCAGCUAUCACCUUGCGAUUAAUAACCAGUCUUAAUGUACCUAGCCCUACAACUCUUGUGACACCCUCAAAAAAAACUACCUUGCCAGAAACCAGUUCUGUUGUACCAAGCACAAAAUCUUCUAAUUGGCCAACGCCUACUGAAUCAACAACUAUAACACAAGAAACAACUAGUCCUGAUGUACCAAGCACCAAAUCUUUUCAAUGGACAAAACAUCCUAAAUUAACUACAACCCUAGAAACAACCAGUACUGAUGUACGAAGCCCUACAAAUCGUGUGACACUCUCAGAGACUACUACCUUACCAGUAAUAGUCAGUCCUGAUGUUCCAAUCACCAUAUCUUAUCAAUGGCCAACAUCCCCUGAAUUAAUAAAAACAUCAGAAACAACCAGUUCUGAUGUACCAAGCCCCACACCGCCAAUUGUGACAACCACUUUUCAACCAACUAAUACGAUGCCAGUAAUAACCAGUCGUGAGGUACGAAGCUCAACAACUCCUUUGGCACCUUCAAAAACCACAACACCAGAAAGGACCAUUCCUGAUGCACCAAGCACCAAAUCUUCUCAUUGGUCAACACCUCUUGAAUUAACAACUACAAUACAAGAAACAACCAGUCCUGAUGUACCAAGCCCUACAACUCCACUUGUAACAACCACAUUUGAACCAACUGAUAUGAUGGUCUUAACAACCAGUCAUGUACAAAGCCCUACAACUCUUGUGACACCUUCAAAAACUACAACACAACCAGAAACAACCAGUCCUGAUGGGCCAAGCACCAAUUCUUCUCAAUGGCCAACAUCCCCUGAAUUAACUACAACAUCAAAAACAACCAUUCCUUAUGUACCGAGCCUCACAACACCACUUGUGACAACUACUUCUGAACCAACUAAUGUGAUGGCAGUAUUAACCAGUCCUGAUGUACGAAGCUCUACAACUCCAGUUUUGACAGCCACUUCUGAACCAGCUAUCACCUUGCGAUUAAUAACCAGUCUUAAUGUACCUAGCCCUACAACUCUUGUGACACCCUCAAAAAAAACUACCUUGCCAGAAACCAGUUCUGUUGUACCAAGCACAAAAUCUUCUAAUUGGCCAACGCCUCCUGAAUCAACAACUACAACCAGUUCUGAUAUACCAAGCACCACAAUGCCACUUGUGACAACCACUUCUCAACCAACUAAUAUGAUGGCAAUAAUAACCCGUCCUGGUGUACGAAGCUCAACAACUCCUCUGGCACCUUCAGAAAUGACAACACCAGAAAACACCAGUUCUAAUGUACCAAUCAUUAAAUCUUCUCAAUGGUCAAUACCUCCUGUAAUAGCACCAGAAACAACCAGUUCAGAUGUACCAAGCACCAAUUCUUAUAAUUGGCCAACACCUCCUGGAUCAACAACUACCACACCAAAAACCAGUCUGGAUAAACAAAGCACAGAAUCUUCGAAUUGGAAAACCCCAUUUAAAUUAACGACAAUAGAAACAACCAGCUCUCAUGUAUUAAACCCUACAACUCCACAUGUUACAAUCACUUCUACACCAAGUAUCACCUUGCAGGGAAUAACCAAUCCUAACUUCCAAAACCCUACCACUCUUGUGACACCCUCAAAAAAAACCACUACCUUACCAGAAACUGCUAUUCCUGAUGUACCAAGCAUCGAAUCUUCUAAUUGGCCAACCGCUUAUUCACCAGAAACAACCAGUACUGAUGUGCGAAGCCCUACUACUCUUGUGACACCUUCAGAAACUACAAUAUCAGGAACAACUCUUUAUGUACAAACCACCAAAUCUUCUAAUUGGCCAACACCUCCUGAAUCAACAACUACACUACCAGAAACAACCAUUACUAAUGCAUCAAGCACCGAAUCUUCUGAUUGGCUGACACCUCUUAAAAUAACUACAACACCAAAUACAACCAACACUAAUGUACGAAGCCUUACAACUCUUGUGACACCCUCAGAAACACCUAUUGUGCCAGCAACAAUUCUUGACGAACCAAGCACCAAAUCUUCUUAUUGGCAAAUACCUACUGAAACAACAAUUACAACACCAGAAACAACCAGCCCAGAUGUACAAAGCACCACAACUUCCUUUGUGACAAGCCUUUCUGAACCAAUUGUUACCUUGCCAGAAACAACCAAUUCUUAUGUACAAAGCUUUACAACACUUGUCACAACCUCUGUUAAAUUAACAACUGCAACACCUGGCACAGCUAUACGCAGAACACCUAACUUUGGCAGCAGGCCCGGACACAACUGGCCUGUCAAAGGGGGUAGGCCCGUACACAGCAGCAGGCCGGACAGUGAUGGUAGGCCCGAACACAGGUGGCCCGUCAACGGGGGCAGACCUGUACACAGCAGCAGGCCGGAUAGUGAUGGUAGUAUGCCCCAACACAGCUGGCCUGUCGAUGGGGGCAGGCCUGUACACAGCAGCAGGCCGGACAGCGAUGGUAGCCCCGAACACAGUUGGCCCGUUGAUGGGGGAAGGCCUGUACACAGCAGCAGGCCAGAAAGUGGCGGAAGGCCCGGACACAGCUGGCCUGUCGUCGGAGGAAGACCCGUACACAGCAGCAGGCCGGACAGUGGUGGAAGUCCCGGACACAGCUUGCCUGUUGACGGUGGAAGGCCUGUACAUAGCAGUAGGCCAGACAGCGGCAGGCCCGGACACAGCUGGCCUGUCGACGGUGGAAGGCCCGUGCAUAGCAGUCUUGAUGAACCGAGCCCUACAACUCUUGUGACACCCUCAAAAAAAAAAACCUUGCCAGAAACAACCAGUUCUGUUGUACCAAGCACGAAAUCUUCUAAUUGGCCAACGCCUCCUGAAUCAACAACCACAACCAGUGCUGAUUUACCAAGCACCAAAUCUUCUCAAUGGCCAACAUCCCCUGAAUUAACUACAUCAAAAACAACCAGUCCUGCUGUACCAAGCCCCACAACGCCACUUGUGACAACCACUUCUCAACCAACUAAUAUGAUGGCAGUAAUAACCAGUCCUGGUGUACGAAGCUCAACAACUCCUCUGGCACCUUCAGAAACUGCAACACCAGAAAACACCAGUUCUGAUGUACCAAUCACUAAAUCAUCUGAAUGGUCAAUACCUCCUGUAAUAACUACAACACCAGAAAGGACCAGUCCUGAUGCACCAAGGACCAAAUCUUCUCAUUGGUCAACAUCUCCUGAAAUAACAACUACAGUACCAGAAACAACCAGUGCUUAUGUACCAAGCCCUACAACUCCACUUGUAACAACCACUUCUGAACCAACUGAUAUGGUGGCCUUAACCAGUCUUGAUGUACAAAACCCUAGUACUGUUGUGACACCUUCAGAAACUACAACACAACCAGAAACAACCAAUGUUGAUGUUGCAAGCACCAAAUCUUCUCAUUGGUCAACACUUCCUGAAAUAACUACAACCGAAACGACAAGUACUGAUGAGGCAAGCCCUACACCGCUUGUGACACUUUCAGAAACGACCGAAACCACCAGUUCUGACAUGCCAACUACCAAAUCUUCUGAGUGGACGGUGCCUCUUGAAUCAACAGCUGCAACACUAAAAACAACCACUAAUGAUGUACCAAGCACCAAAUCUUCAAUUUGGCCAACACCUACUGAAUCAACAACUAUAACACAAGAAACAACUAGUCCUGAUGUACCAAGCACCAAAUCUUUUCAAUGGACAAAACAUCCUAAAUUAACUACAACCCUAGAAACAACCAGUACUGAUGUACGAAGCCCUACAAAUCGUGUGACACUCUCAGAGACUACUACCUUACCAGUAAUAGUCAGUCCUGAUGUUCCAAUCACCAUAUCUUAUCAAUGGCCAACAUCCCCUGAAUUAAUAAAAACAUCAGAAACAACCAGUUCUGAUGUACCAAGCCCCACACCGCCAAUUGUGACAACCACUUUUCAACCAACUAAUACGAUGCCAGUAAUAACCAGUCGUGAGGUACGAAGCUCAACAACUCCUUUGGCACCUUCAAAAACCACAACACCAGAAAGGACCAUUCCUGAUGCACCAAGCACCAAAUCUUCUCAUUGGUCAACACCUCUUGAAUUAACAACUACAAUACAAGAAACAACCAGUCCUGAUGUACCAAGCCCUACAACUCCACUUGUAACAACCACAUUUGAACCAACUGAUAUGAUGGUCUUAACAACCAGUCAUGUACAAAGCCCUACAACUCUUGUGACACCUUCAAAAACUACAACACAACCAGAAACAACCAGUCCUGAUGGGCCAAGCACCAAUUCUUCUCAAUGGCCAACAUCCCCUGAAUUAACUACAACAUCAAAAACAACCAUUCCUUAUGUACCGAGCCUCACAACACCACUUGUGACAACUACUUCUGAACCAACUAAUGUGAUGGCAGUAUUAACCAGUCCUGAUGUACGAAGCUCUACAACUCCAGUUUUGACAGCCACUUCUGAACCAGCUAUCACCUUGCGAUUAAUAACCAGUCUUAAUGUACCUAGCCCUACAACUCUUGUGACACCCUCAAAAAAAACUACCUUGCCAGAAACCAGUUCUGUUGUACCAAGCACAAAAUCUUCUAAUUGGCCAACGCCUCCUGAAUCAACAACUACAACCAGUUCUGAUAUACCAAGCACCACAAUGCCACUUGUGACAACCACUUCUCAACCAACUAAUAUGAUGGCAAUAAUAACCCGUCCUGGUGUACGAAGCUCAACAACUCCUCUGGCACCUUCAGAAAUGACAACACCAGAAAACACCAGUUCUAAUGUACCAAUCAUUAAAUCUUCUCAAUGGUCAAUACCUCCUGUAAUAGCACCAGAAACAACCAGUCCAGAUGUACCAAGCACCAAUUCUUAUAAUUGGCCAACACCUCCUGAAUCAACAACUACAACACCAAAAACCAGUCUGGAUAAACAAAGCACAGAAUCUUCGAAUUGGAAAACCCCAUUUAAAUUAACGACAAUAGAAACAACCAGCUCUCAUGUAUUAAACCCUACAACUCCACAUGUUACAAUCACUUCUACACCAAGUAUCACCUUGCAGGGAAUAACCAAUCCUAACUUCCAAAACCCUACCACUCUUGUGACACCCUCAAAAAAAAACACUACCUUACCAGAAACUGCUAGUCCUGAUGUACCAAGCAUCGAAUCUUCUAAUUGGCCAACCGCUUAUUCACCAGAAACAACCAGUACUGAUGUGCGAAGCCCUACUACUCUUGUGACACCUUCAGAAACUACAAUAUCAGGAACAACUCUUUAUGUACUAACCACCAAAUCUUCUAAUUGGCCAACACCUCCUGAAUCAACAACUACACUACCAGAAACAACCAUUACUAAUGCAUCAAGCACCGAAUCUUCUGAUUGGCUGACACCUCUUAAAAUAACUACAACACCAGAUACAACCAACACUAAUGUACAAAGCCUUACAGCUCUUGUGACACCCUCAGAAACACCUAUUGUGUCUGCAACAAUUCUUGACGUACCAAGCACCAAAUCUUCUUAUUGGCAAACACCUACUGAAACAACAAUUACAACACCAGAAACAACCAGCCCAGAUAUACAAAGCACCACAACUUCCUUUGUGACAAGCCUUUCUGAACCAAUUGUUACCUUGCCAGAAACAACCAAUUCUUAUGUACAAAGCUUUACAACACUUGUCACAACCUCUGUUAAAUUAACAACUGCAACACCUGGCACAGCUAUACGCAGAAGACCUAACUUUGGCAGCGGGCCCGGACACAACUGGCCUGUCAAAGGGGGUAGGCCCGUACACAGCAGCAGGCCGGACAGUGAUGGUAGGCCCGAACACAGGUGGCCCGUCAACGGGGGCAGACCUGUACACAGCAGCAGGCCGGAUAGUGAUGGUAGUAAGCCCCAACACAGUUGGCCCGUUGAAGGGGGCAGGCCUGUACACAGCAGCAGGCCGGACAGCGGUGGCAGGCCCGGACACAGCUGGCCUGUCGAUGGGGGCAGGCCUGUACACAGCAGCAGGCCGGACAGCGGCGGCAGGCCCGGACACAGCUGGCCUGUCGACGGUGGAAGGCCCGUGCAUAGCAGUCUUGAUGAACCGAGCAACAGGACUCCCCUCGAGGCAUCCCCUUUUCAACAAAGUACCACCCCACGACCGACUAUUGUCGUACCAAGCUCCCCAACUAUACUUUUGACGCCUUCUAAAUCAACAAUUUCAGUAAAAACCAGUCCUGAUCUACCAAGCAUUAAAACUCCUCUUGUGACAACCCCUUCUGAACAACCUAUUUCCUUGGCAGAAACAACCAGUUUUGAUAUACGAAGCCUUGCAACUCUUGUCACUAACCCUUCUGAAUCAAAAGCCACCACACAUGGCACAGCUGUACACAGAAGGCCUAACAUUGGCGGCAGGCCCGGACACAGCUGGCCUGUUGACGGUGGAAGGCCUGUACAUAGCAGCAGGCCAGAAAGUGGCGGCAGGCCCGGACACAGCUGGCCUGUCGUCGGAGGAAGACCCGUACACAGCAGCAGGCCGGACAGUGGCGGAAGGCCCGGACACAGCUGGCCUGUUGACGGUGGAAGGCCUGUACAUAGCAGUAGGCCAGACAGCGGCAGGCCCGGACACAGCUGGCCUGUCGACGGUGGAAGGCCCGUGCAUAGCAGUCUUGAUGAACCGAGCAACAGGACUCCCCUCGAGGCAUCCCCUUUACAACAAAGUACCACCCCACGACCGACUAUUGUCGUACCAAGCUCCCCAACUAUACUUUUGACGCCUUCUAAAUCAACAAUUUCAGUAAGAACCAGUCCUGAUCUACCAAGCAUUAAAACUCCUCUUGUGACAACCCCUUCUGAACAACCUAUUUCCUUGGCAGAAACAACCAGUUUUGAUAUACGAAGCCUUGCAACUCUUGUCACUAACCCUUCUGAAUCAAAAGCCACCACACAUGGCACAGCUGUACACGGAAGGCCUAACAUUGGCGGCAGGCCCGGACACAGCUGGACCAUCGACGGGGACAGUCCUGUACAUACCAUCAGGCCGGACAGUAGUAGUAGGCCUGGACACAGCUGGCCUGUUGACGGUAGAAGGCCUGUACAUAGCAGCAGGCCAGAAAGCGGCGGCAGGCCCGGACACAGCUGGCCUGUUGACGGUGGAAGGCCCGUGCAUAGCAGUCUUGAUGAACCAAGCAACAGGACUCCCCUCGAGGCAUCCUCUUUUCAACAAAGUACCACCCCACUACCGACUAUUGUCGUACCAAGCUCCCCAACUAUUCUUUUGACGCCUUCUAAAUCAACAAUUUCAGUAAGAUCCAGUCCUGAUCUACCAAGCAUUAAAACUCCAAGCAUUAAAACUCCUCUUGUGACAACCCCUUCUGAACAACCUAUUUCCUUGGCAGAAACAACCGGUUUUGAUGUACGAAGCCUUGCAACUCUUGUCACUAACCCUUCUGAAUCAAAAGCCACCACACAUGGCACAGCUGUACACAGAAGGCCUAACAUUGGCGGCAGGCCCGGACACAGCUGGACCAUCGACAGGGACAGUCCUGUACAUACCAUCAGGCCGGACAGUAAUAGUAGGCCUGGACACAGCUGGCCCGUCGACGGGGACAGGCCCGUACACAGCAGCAGGCCGGACAGUGGCGGAAGGCCCGGACACAGCUGGCCUGUCGAUGGGGGCAGGCCUGUACACAGCAGCAGGCCGGACAGUGGCGGCAGGCCCGGACACAGCUGGCCUGUUGACGGUGGAAGGCCUGUACAUAGCAGCAGGCCAGACAGCGGCGGCAGGCCCGGACACAGCUGGCCUGUCGACGGUGGGAGGCCCGUGCAUAGCAGUCUUGAUGAACCAAGCAACAGGACUCCCCUCGAGGCAUCCCCUUCUCAACAAAGUACCACCCCACUACCGACUAUUGUGGUACCAAGCUCCCCAACUAUUCUUUUGACGCCUUCUAAAUCAACAAUUUCAGUAAGAACCAGUCCUGAUCUACCAAGCAUUAAAACUCCUCUUGUGACAACCCCUUCUGAACAACCUAUUUCCUUGGCAGAAACAACCGGUUUUGAUGUACGAAGCCUUGCAAUUCUUGUCACUAACCCUUCUGAAUCAAAAGCCACCACACAUGACACAGCUGUACACAGAAGGCCUAACAUUGGCGGCAGGCCCGGACACAGCUGGACCAUCGACGGGGACAGUCCUGUACAUACCAUCAGGCCGGACAGUAAUAGUAGGCCUGGACACAGCUGGCCCGUCGACGGGGACAGGCCCGUACACAGCAGCAGGCCGGACAGUGGCGGAAGGCCCGGACACAGCUGGCCUGUCGACGGUGGAAGGCCCGUGCAUAGCAGUCUUGAUGAACCAAGCAACAGGACUCCCCUCGAGGCAACCCCUUUUCAACAAAGUACCACCCCACUACCGACUAUUGUCGUACCAAGCUCCCCAACUAUUCUUUUGACGCCUUCUAAAUCAACAAUUUCAGUAAGAACCAGUCCUGAUCUACCAAGCAUUAAAACUCCUCUUGUGACAACCCCUUCUGAACAACCUAUUUCCUUGGCAGAAACAACCGGUUUUGAUGUACGAAGCCUUGCAACUCUUGUCACUAACCCUUCUGAAUCAAAAGCCACCACACAUGGCACAGCUGUACACAGAAGGCCUAACAUUGGUGGCAGGCCCGGACACAGCUGGACCAUCGACGGGGACAGUCCUGUAUAUACCAUCAGGCCGGACAGUAAUAGUAGGCCUGGACACAGCUGGCCCGUCGACGGGGACAGGCCCGUACACAGCAGCAGGCCGGACAGUGGCAGAAGGCCCGUACACAGCUGGCCUGUCGAUGGGGGCAGGCCUGUACACAGCAGCAGGCCGGACAGUGGCGGCAGGCCCGGACACAGCUGGCCUGAUGACGGUGGAAGGCCUGUACAUAGCAGCAGGCCAGACAGCGGCGGCAGGCCCGGACACAGCUGGCCUGUCGACGGUGGAAGGCCCGUGCAUAGCAGUCUUGAUGAACCAAGCAACAGGACUCCCCUCGAGGCAUCCCCUUUUCAACAAAGUACCACCCCACGACCGACUAUUGUCGUACCAAGCUCCCCAACUAUACUUUUGACGCCUUCUAAAUCAACAAUUUCAGUAAGAACCAGUCCUGAUCUACCAAGCAUUAAAACUCCUCUUGUGACAACCCCUUCUGAACAACCUAUUUCCUUGGCAGAAACAACCAGUUUUGAUAUACGAAGCCUUGCAACUCUUGUCACUAACCCUUCUGAAUCAAAAGCCACCACACAUGGCACAGCUGUACACAGAAGGCCUAACAUUGGCGGCAGGCCCGGACACAGCUGGCCUGUUGACGGUGGAAGGCCUGUACAUAGCAGCAGGCCAGACAGUGGCGGCAGGCCCGGACACAGCUGGCCUGUCGACGGUGGAAGGCCCGUACACAGCAGCAGGCCGGACAGCGAUAGUAGCCCCGAACACAGUUGGCCCGUUGAUGGGGGAAGGCCUGUACACAGCAGCAGGCCUGUAAGUGGCGGGAGGCCCAUACACAGCUGGCCCGUCAAAGUAGGCAGGCCUGUACACAUCAGCAGGCCAGACAGCAGCGCCAGGCCCGUGCAUAGCAGUCUUGAUGAACCAAGCAACAGGACUCCCCUCGAGACAUCCCCUUUUCAACAAAGUACCACCCCACUACCGACUAUUGUCGUACCAAGCUCCCCAACUAUUCUUUUGACUCCUUCUAAAUCAACAAUUUCAUUAAGAAACAGUCCUGAUCUACCAAGCAUGGAAACUCCUCUUGUGACAACCCCUUCUGAACAACCUAUUACCUUGGCAGAAACAACCAGUUUUGAUGUACGAAGCCUUGCAACUCUUGUCACUAACCCUUCUGAAUCAAAAGCCACCACACAUGACACAGCUGUACACGGAAGGCCUAACAUUGGCGGCAGGCCCGGACACAGCUGGACCAUCGACGGGGACAGUCCUGUACAUACCAGGCCGGACAGUAAUAGUAGGCCUGGACACAGCUGGCCCGUCGACGGGGACAGGCCCGUACACAGCAGCAGGCCGGACAGUGGCGGAAGGCCCGGACACAGCUGGCCUGUUGACGGUGGAAGGCCUGUACAUAGCAGCAGGCCAGAAAGCGGCGGCAGCUGGCCUGUCGACGGAGGAAGACCCGUACACAGCAGCAGGCCGGACAGUGGCGGAAGGCCCGGACACAGCUGGCCUGUUGACGGUGAAAGGCCUGUACAUAGCAGUAGGCCAGACAGCGGCGGCAGGCCCGGACACAGCUGGCCUGUCGAUGGUGGAAGGCCCGUGCAUAGCAGUCUUGAUGAACCAAGCAACAGGACUCCCCUCCAGGCAUCCCCUUUUCAACAAAGUACUACCCCACUACCGACUAUUGUCGUACCAAGCUCCCCAACUAUUCUUUUGACACCUUCUAAAUCAACAAUUUCAGUAAGAACCAGUCCUGAUCUACCAAGCAUUAAAACUCCUCUUGUGACAACCCCUUCUGAACAAACUAGCGGCGGCAGGCCCGGACACAGCUGGCCCGUCGAUGGGGGAAGGCCUGUACACAUCAGCAGGCCAGACAGUGGCGGAAGGCUAGGACACAGCUGGCCUGUCGACGGGGGCAGACCAGUACACAGCAGCAGGCCAGACACCGGCGGCAGGCCCGGACACAGCUGGCCUGUCGACCGAGAAAGUCCCAUACACAGCAGCAGGCUGGACAGCGACGCUGGGCCCGGACACAGCUGGCCUGUUGACGGGGGAAGGCCCGUGCACAGCAGCAGGCCGGACAGUGAUGGUAGGCCCGAACACAGCUCGCCUGUCGACGGGGGCAGGCCCGUACACAGCAGCAGGCUGGACAGCAGCGGCAGGCCCGGACAUAACUGGCCCGUCAAAGUGGGCAAGCCUGUACACAGCAGCAGGCCAGACAGCGGCGGCAGGCCCGUCGACAGGGGCAGGCAUAGCAGUCUUGAUGGACCAAGCAACAAGACUCCCCUCGAGACAUCCCUUUUUGAACCAAGUACCACCCCACUACCAAGUAGUGUUGUACCAAGCUCCCCAACUAUUCUUUUGACACCUUCUAAAUCAACAUUUUCACUAAAAACCAGUCCUGAUCUACCAAGCAUUACAACUCUUCUUGAGACAACCCAUUCUGAACAAACUAUUACCUUGGCAGAAACAACCAGUUCUGAUGUACGAAGCCUUGCAACUCUUGUCAUUAACCCUUCUGAACCAAAAGCCACCACACUUGGCACAGCCGUACACAGAAGGCCAAACAUUGGCGGAAGGCCCAAACACAGCUGGCCCAGCGCCGGGGGCGGAAGGCCCGGACACAUCCGGCCCAUCGACGGGGCCGGAAGGCCCGGACACGGUUGGCCCAUCUACGGGGGAGGCAGGCCCGGACACAGUUGGCCCAUCGACGGGGGCGCAAGGCCAGGACACAGUUGGCCCAUCGACGGGGGCGGAAGGCCCGGACACAGCCGGCGUGUCGACGGGGGCGGCAGACCUGGUCACAGCAGGCCCGGACAUAGCUGGCCCGUCGACGGGGGCAGGCCCGCAAAAAGCAGGCCUGGACAUAACAUGCCCAGCGGUGUAUUCAGGCCUGACCACGGCAGCAGGCCCGCACACAGUUGGACCGACAACAGCGGCAGGCCUGGAAUUAGCAUGACUCCUCUCGAGACAUCCCCUUUUGAACCAAGUACCAGCCCAUUGACUAUUAUUGAACCAAGCACCACAACUCAUCUUUUGACACUUUCUCAAUCAACAACAAUGCCAGUGAUAUCCAGUCCUGAUCUACCAAGCAUUACAACUUCUCUUGUGACAACCCCUUCUGAACCGACUAUUACAUUGCCAGAAACAACCAAUUCUGAUAUACAAAGCUUUAUAACUCUUGUCACAACCCCUUUUGAGUCAUUAGCUACCACAACUGGCACAGCCAUACAGAGCUGGCCUGUUGGCGGCAAGCCCGGACACAGCUGGCCUGUCGACAAGGGAAGGCCUGUACAUAGCAGUCACAGCGGUAGCAGCAGGCCUGACAGUGCCAAAAGGCCUGCAAGCAGUUGGCCCUUCAACGCGGGCAGGCUUGACAGUGGGGACAGGUACAGUUGGUCAGUCGAUGAUGGCAGGCCCAAACACAGCAGGCUUGACAUUGGAAAUAGGCCUGAAAGUGGCGACGGGUCCGACGUAGGAGACAGGCCUGCACACAAGGUGCUCGAUGUAGGAGGUAGGCCCGGACACAAAGGGCCUGACGGCAGCAUCAAGCCCGAACACAUCUGGUCCAUCAACAGCAGAAAGCCCGGACACCGUAAGCCCGAUGUUGAUGGCAGGCCUGGACACAGUUGGCCCGUCGAGGGUGGCAGACCUGGACACCGCGUUAAUGAUGAACCAAGCAACAUAACUCCUCUCGAUACAUCCUUUUCUGACCAAAGUACCACCCCACUAACGACUAUUGUUGUACCAAGCUUCCCAAAUAAUCUUUUGACACCUUCAAAAUCAACAUUUUCAGUGAAAGCCAGUCCUGAUCUACUAAGCAAUACAAUUCUUUUUGUGAAAACAUCUUCUGAACCAAAUACUGCCUUGCCAUUAACAACCCGUUCUAAUGUACCGAGCAAAAAAACUUCUCAUUUGAAAAUACCUCCUGAAUUAACAACUACAGCGUCAGAAACAGCCAGUCGUUAUGUAUCAAGCACCACAACUUCACUUGUGACAACGCCUUUUGAACCAACUUUCACUUUGUCAGAAACAACUAGUCCUGAUCUACAAAGUCCUACAUAUCUUGUAACACUGUCAGAAAUAACUACAACGUCAAUAUCAACCAGUCCUGAUGUAUAUAGCACUACACCUGGCACAGCCAGUUUUGAUCUUCCAAGCAUUAGAACUCCUCUGGUAACAUCUUCAGAACAAAUGAUUACUACUGCUAACUGUGGUGGCAAACCUGGACAAAGCAGGCCCGGACACAGCAGGCUUGACAGUGGCCGGAGGCCCGGACACAGCAGGCCUGGACACGGCAGGCCCGGCCAAAGGAGGCCCGACGGCGGCAGGCCCGGCCAAAGGAGGCCCGACGGCGGCAGGCCCGGCCAAAGGAGGCCCGACGGCGGCAGGCCCGGCCAAAGGAGGCCCGACGGCGGCAGGCCCGGCCAAAGGAGGCCCGACGGCGGCAGGCCCGGCCAAAGGAGGCCCGACGGCGGCAGGCCCGGCCAAAGGAGGCCGGACGACGGCGGCGGCAGGCCCGGACAAAGGAGGCCGGACGACGACGGCGGCGGCAGGCCCGGACAAAAGAGGCCCGACGACGGCGGCGGCAGGCCCGGACAAAAGAGGCCCGACGACGGCGGCGGCAGGCCCGGACAAAGGAGGCCCGACGACGGCGGCGGACAAAAGAGGCCCGACGACGGCGGCGGACAAAAGAGGCCCGACGACGGCGGCGGACAAAAGAGGCCCGACGACGGCGGCGGACAAAAGAGGCCCGACGACGGCGGCAGGCCCGGACAAAAGAGGCCCGACGGCGGCAGGCCCGGACAAAGGAGGCCCGACGGCAGGCCCGGACAAAGGAGGCCUGACGGCGGCAGGCCCGGACAAAAGAGGCCCGACGACGAUGGCGGCAGGCCCGUAAACAUGAAGCCUGACGGCAGGCCAGGACACAGCUGGUCCAACAAUGGCGGAAGGCCUGGACACCGCAGGCCCAUCAAUGGUGGUAGGCCCAUAUACAGCCACAACAAUAUCAAGCCUGGCCACGGUCAAAGCGGAAGGCCUGGACACAAUAGGCCAGAUCAAGAGGGAAAUCCCUGUGACACCGACGAGCCUGGACAUGGUCAAAAUUCAGAGGAUGGCCAUGGCCACAACAAUAACUAUAGCAAGCCGGGACGCAGUUGGCCAGACUAUGCCGGCAGGCCGGGACAUAGCAGGCCAGACAAUGGCAGCAGGCCGGACGACGGCAGGGGGCCAGGACACAGCAGGCCGGACGACGACGACGGCGGCGAGCCGGGACACGGCAGGCCGGACGACGGCGGCGAGCCGGGACACGGCAGGCCGGACGACGGCGGCGAGCCGGGACACGGCAGGCCGGACGACGGCGGCGAGCCGGGACACGGCAGGCCGGACGACGGCGGCGAGCCGGGACACGGCAGGCCGGACGACGGCGGCGAGCCGGGACACGGCAGGCCGGACGACGGCGGCGAGCCGGGACACGGCAGGCCAGACGACGGCGGCGAGCCGGGACACGGCAGGCCAGACGAUGGCGGUGGGCCAGAACAAAUGCCUGACACUCAGGAUAUGACCAAACAAUGA